AGACUGGAUGUCCUAUCUGCAAGUAACGUUACCUUGACCUCGCAUCAAUGAGCCAGGAACCAGUUGAACAGACAUCCCUUGAGUGAAGCAGGGCUUAUUGGAACAUCAACAGGGAGCUUAAAGCCGUCCUCUGUCCCCGCAGCGGUGUGUUUUUUUACACUGAGCCGUCCCACAGCUCGCAGUGGGAGUGUUGUGGAAGAGCCACGUGUACAGGAACUGGAUUUGACAGCUUGCCUGACUGGAACCUACGCAGGUCUGUUAAAACAACAGCACUAAGCUAGCUGAAACAUAAACUGCAGCUAGUGACCAUCUCUGAUUACCAAAGUGGUUUGAACUUCCUCCUACCUGACAGGUUGGUCAUUCUGCUGCCUUUACCUUCCUUUACAGCUGAUAGUUCGACUCUAACUCUGCUAAAUUAACAUGUUAGUUAGCCACUCAGCUAACACAGUCAAUAACGCAUCAUAAAUUCAAACGUCGUGUUCUGGUUUAAAAUUUGUCGCACGAGCUCAUCGUUAUAACCGUUGAGACGCGUUUACUUUACUCCGAAAGCUCGUAAUUCAACGUUUUAAAUCGUAUGAAAGCGGAUAAUGGGAAGCUAAAUAAGUAAAAGUGACCAUGAUAAGGUUUGACAGCUUAGUUAUCCUGUUAUAAUAUUAUGUAACACUUCACUUUGAAUUAACAGACAAACUAUCUCCACGGAUAUUUACGUCCUUUUUCUACAUGCUUGUUUAUUUAUGACCGUACAGCUGGCCUCAGUGGAGUUUUGACGCUUUAAUCACGACAUUUUUCAAUUAAAAUUUAACCUAUACAUGACCUGGAUGUGUUUAAUUGAUGUUUAAUUGAUAUAAAGUGUUUUUUUAACCGUGAAUUGAUUCCUCCUCUCUGAGUCCUGCUUUAAAGUAUGUCGCUUGGGAUGUAGACGUGAACGGGAAUUUCCAGUGGGCGUGAUUCAAUCGUGGAAAACCAGAUGUAACUAAAGCCUAUCAUUCAAGUGACUUUCAAAGCUGAGGAAUUUUGGAUGCUUAUCUACAACCACAUUAUGUGGACCUAACUUAACCCGGACUGACGCUUGUCUUUCUACUUUUUUCCCUCCACUGAAAGGGAUACUCCGACAUAAAAGUAAUUUAGGGUCAAACACACUAUAACAGAGAGUUGGACACCCAGUCGAGAGAUGAAUGUUGCUGACAGCUUGCUUCUCUAGUUAUACCAGCUUUAGUAACGAUCGCACGAUAGCAAUACACAGCAGUCUGAGGAGCCAUAAACAAACCUCAACAAAAACGCCACUCUAUAGCCACAAAUAAUGCUCAGAACAGCACCUAACUUUAUCAACAGAACAUAUAAGGUCCCAGCCACCAGACAUCUUUUUAACUUUGACUAAUUUCUUUCGCAAAGAGACUAAACACAACUCACCUACUCUCUUCCAGCAGCCGCUUGUUUGUAGCUAGAUGGACUACAGCGGGGUGACACAGCUCAAGGAAGAACAUUUAUGAUCAUUUUUUCAUGGAAGUGCAAUCAGAGCGAGAUGCUAAGGCAGAAGAACUACUGCGUCUGUGGCGCAAAAUGAUAAAUAUCGUGAUUAUCUCUUCAAAGAAAUGAUAAAGAAAUUAUCAUAAAUGUUCUUUGAGCUGCAGCACCCCGCUGUAGUUCGUAAUGGCUGGAAGAGAGUGGGUGAGUUGUGUUUAGUCUCUUUGCUAAAGAAAUCAGGCAAAGUUAAAAAGAUGUUUGGUGACUGGUACUGUGGCUGUGACCCUAUAUGUACUGUUGAUGAAGUUAGGUGCUGUUCUGAGCAUUAUUUGUGGCUAUAGAGUGGCGUUUUGGUUGAGGUUUGUUUGUGGCUCCUCAGAUCGCUGUGUAUUGCUAUCCUGCGGUUGUUACUAAAGUUGGUAUUCAGAAGCAAGCGGUCGCUGGAAUAUCCCUUUAACUAUCUAAAUAAGGGAGGUUCAUAAUGAAAGUUGUUGAGUGGCGUGCAGUUAGACUGUUUUGAAUGCGGUCAGUGAUAAUGUUGAUCAAGUAUAACAAAACUAAACAAACACAAUGUUUGAUUCACAUUAAAGUAAUAAGAGAAGUUAUAUUUACCAGUUCAAGACAUGGGAACAUGAAUAGGUCAUGUUUUUUUAGUUGAAUAAAUUCAGGUUUAUAAGGGUUUAAAAGCUGGGAAGAUCCACCUACCCUGACUGAUUUGUUGCUUCAUUUGCAUGUAAGUUCUGCGUUGAGAAAUCUUUACAAAAGGAGUGAGAAGGUGACUCAGAUGGAGUGAAAAAUAGCCAAAUAGCCAAGAUAUUCUGAAUCUCUUCAAUGACUUUUUUUCUCAUUUCUUCAGGCGAUCAUGGCUGUUUGGAGAAAAUUAUGGCCCAGAAACGUCCUCUCCGUGACCCUGCUCUGCUGUGUUUUGCUCCACACUAUGAAUGUGCACGCACGGCCAGCCAACAUGUCCGCCUCUAAAGACAAAGCUCCACCUGCCAAGGACGAGAACGAGAUCCUCCCCCCUGACCACCUGAACGGGGUGAAGAUGGAGAUGGACGGCCACCUCAACAAGGACUUCCACCAGGAGGUUUUCCUGGGCAAAGAGAUGGAGGAGUUUGACGAGGACUCAGAGCCGCGGAGGAACAGAAAGAAGCUCAUUGACAUUUUCACAAAGUAAGUCUCUCUCUUCUCUUUUUUGUGUCAAAUGUCUGUCAGGAGCUGCAGCAUUCCUGAAAAAGACUUUUUAACUUAGUAGCUGCAGAUCAGGUUUUUUAAGAAGCAACCAGAUAAGCAGUAAAGUGCAAGCCUUUCAACGAAAUCUCCUCUGAUCUCUGAUUACUGUUUUAGGACUAUUAUAAAAAGUCUGGGUGUGUCACAGCAAGAUGAUACAGCUGAACAGAAUGUGAAGUGACGAGACUAAUGUGAGGCCCUGUAAUUACUCACGAGAUAUUUUCUUCUCUGCGGAAGGCAGAAACCAGACAUGCAAAAACUUAUAAACAAAACAGGGAAAGGGAUUUUUUUUAAUAGCUUUUAUCUAUGAGAGGCAAGUAUACAGUUCCACUUCAGAGAGGUACAAGGUCUUUAGUAUUUAACUUUGAACAUAAAUGAACCAAGAACACCCUUCCUCCUCCCACCCCCAACCCCCAAAUCUCCCAUCCGGCCAGAUGAUAUUUAGAAAAUAGACAAUACACUUACAAAACAGUCAGUAAAUAAAAUAUAAAUAAAUGUACACAUACAUACACAUAUCAGAUAGUAAACAUGACAAUAACAACAGUAAUUAAAAUAAAUAUAUGGAUCAAUAUAUUAUAGGGUCUGGAUUUGCUGAAUGCCACUUUUUUCCUUUUACAGAGUCGAUUUCAACAAGGACAGGAGUGUGAGCGCCAAAGAAAUGCAGCGUUGGAUUAUGGAGAAGACGGAGGAGCACUUUCAGGAGGCCAUGGUGGAGAACAAGAACAGUUUCCGAGCUGUUGACCCAGACGGCGACGGUGAGAGAGGGGGACACAGUCUGCUGGAGGGUUGCCUGUUUGGGAAAUGUCGCAAUACGGUGUUAAGCAAAUAUCUUAAGUCAUGCUUUGUCUGCAGGUCAUGUGACAUGGGAUGAAUACAGAGUCAAAUUCCUGGCCAGCAAAGGUUUCAAUGAGAAGGAAAUAGCUGAGAAGAUAAAGAAUAACGAAGACCUGAAGCUGGACGAGGAAAGUAAGUAUUUUCAUAAAUAUCUCAGAUCUUGUUCAGCAGAUUUUCAGUAAAUGUCACCAAUAUCUGAGUCAAAUCUUCUCUCUUUCUGAACGCAGCUCAAGAGGUUUUGGAAAGCCUGAAGGACCGCUGGUUUCAAGCCGAUAACCCCCCAUCUGAUCAGCUGCUGAACGAGGAGGAGUUCCUGUCUUUCCUUCAUCCUGAGCACAGCAGGGGCAUGCUCAAAUAUAUGGUCAAGGAGAUUGUGCGAGACUUAGGUACUUCAACACGUCUUUGCAAACAGUUUAGGCUACAGGUUGGGAGAGGAAGCAGGUUGUUGACACAACACUGUUGCAUCUUUUUAAAAGGAAUAGGGAACUUGUUAGCAAACAGGAUCGUUUACACACCCAGUUUAUAUGGAAAUGUGAUGUGUCCAAAGCCAGUGUUGACUGUCUUUUUAUCUCUGUUUGGAUUUCAACCAACCUGAGUGAGGAACAUCUGUUUCCUCAGCUGCCUCAAACUCCUCCUUGUUUACCAGUUGGUUGCAAACACACUUAACUAUGAACUAGAACAGUGGGAUAACACGCAAUCAAAUCAAACUGAAUAAAUGUGGUUAUUUGGUCCAUUGCUAAUCUGAGAUACUUAUAUUGACCUACAAGAAACUAGGUCGUUUAAACUUUGCCUUACCCUUGUGUACUCAUGUUAGCUUCAUCAGUGCCAGUUGGCAUUGUGCCUUUUGAUUGUACAGUACAAAGUUCAUUCUGUGAGCAAAUUUAAAGAACAUAUUGUAAACUAUUGAAUUGAUUUUAGAUGUAAAAAAAAAAAUAGAUGACUCUUAACGUAAUUUGCCCCAGAUGUAUAAAGCUGAAGAAGUGUUACAAUUAGAUUUUAAGGCUUUAAAAAGCUGCCGAACAAAAGAUGACAGACUUUAGGUGAUAAAGAUGACAAGUCAAAGCUGAAAACUUCAUUUUACUGUAAACAAAAAAAUAAAAUAAACUUUUUAUUUAAUUUUUUAGCUUAAAUGUGAGUCUGAGGUAAAAGCCUUACUCGAAGAUUUUCACCAUAAUAUAGUGUUUAACCAGUGCUCAACAUAUAAAAACAUUUCACUUUAUUUUAAAGGAGCUGCUCUGUGUAAAGUCUCCUUUGUGUUUAUUGCUCUUUUGUUUACAGACCAGGAUGGGGAUAAGAAACUGACCCUGUCAGAGUUCAUCUCUCUGCCUGUGGGCACCGUGGAGAACCAGCAGGCUCAGGACAUCGACGACGACUGGGUGAGAGAGCGGAAGAAGGAGUUUGAGGAAGUCAUCGACGCCGACCGUGAUGGCAUCGUAACCAUGGAGGAACUGGAGGUCAGGAGUAUUCGGUGUAAACGCUUUGUUUAAGGCUUCCUCGAGGGUGUUUUUUUUGUUAGUUAUGAAGUAAACAGACAUACUGAGGUCGACCUUUCUCUGUGUGCGAGAAAAGCAAACAGGACUAUCAGAGGAUUAACUGUUUAAAUAAGGAAGUACAAAUUCGAGGUAAAAGAUGAGCUCAAUCAACCCCGAUGCCAAAAAAAGUUCAGACUCUGUAAUAUUAAAAAAAAAGAAAAUCAUUUAGAUGCCUUGCUAAUCCCCUUAAGCCUUAAUUUGAGUAAAAUUGUGCAAAGAAAACACAUCCAAUAUUGAAACUGAUUUCAAAUUAUUGCUCUUUUUGAAUUUGAUACAGCAGUAUGUUUUUAUAGGGACAACAAAACACAGAAAAAGUGGUGUAAUUCUGUUAAAAAACAACCUGACAGGACAUCCCCGAACUAAUGAAGUUUGUUGGCAGCAGCUUAGCAACAUAAGUGGGUAUAACAGGAGGAUUCCAGAGAGGCUGAGUCCCUCCAGAAAGAGAGAGUAAAUAGUCCAGCCAAUGCAGAAAAUAGUCCUUUGUAAAACACUGCAAAGCAUUUGAGGAUUAAACAUCUAGAGAAUUUAUAAAACACAAUCAGUACUUGAAUCUUUUCUCCUCUAACAGGAGUACAUGGACCCCAUGAACGAGCACAACGCUCUGAACGAGGCCAAGCAGAUGAUCGCCGUCGCAGAUGAAAACCAGAAUCGCAACCUGGAGCUGGACGAGAUCCUCAAAUACAGCGAGUACUUCACGGGCAGCAAGCUGAUGGAUUACGCCAGAAAUGUUCACGAGGAGUUUUGAAGAAAUAAUCAUCCCCAUGCAUCCUACAUCUGCUUCAGGGACAAGCCUGAGAGGAUAGGAUAGGAUGAUCUAGUGUGCAAUCAUGUGUUUGUAAGCCUAGACUCAACGGCCUCUUUCACUGCUGACUAAAGUUUAUACACCCUCCCUUAUAGCCCCAGAUUGUCUGCCUGCUCUGCAUUAACAUCUGCCUUCUGUGUGCCACUGAACUUUCUCGGACUCUACAAGGCCCCUCGGCACCUCCUCAUUUGUGUUAUAUUGUGAAAUGUGUGUAUAUGAGAGUUAUAACCCUGCCUACCUGUCCCUGUCGCAGUAGUGAGAGAGACUGCACAAGCUAGGCGAGAUAUUUUACUAGGCGCGUCUGUAUAGUGUAAAUAAUAAUCGUCACUUACCAAUGACUCCAUCAGAGAGACAAGCUGAGGGAAUCUAGUGCUGCUGAAAGGAAGAACCCUUCCAGGUAAAUCGCAAAGUUACGAACAGUUAUGGCUUUAAAUACCACUCGAUUCCUCCUGAUAUAAAAGAGGAUUUUAUCAUUAUUGCUCUCAAGUUCAUCAAAAGUUACAUCCGUCCUACUUCGAACAGGGUAUGUCUUUGUAAAAAAAUAAAUAUAGCUUUUAAAAAGUGUCAAACUUACAAUAAUUGAGUUUAAAAAGCAUUAAAUAAAGAGACUAAUAUAUGACACAUUUUUAUUUCAUUGAAGGAAAAGCACAGGUGGGAAUGUUUAUGUUGGAAUGAUUUGCGCCUGUUUGCUCAAGUGUCUCUUGGUUUCGACACUCCUGGGAUAUGGAUUCUCAUUUUAUUGUGAUGUCCUAGUUCAUAUAAUGGCUCACUUUUGAAUGCACUCGUUCAAUUCCACCUCUUUGUUGUUAAAAAUGCAUGAACCGACAUCUUUGUUGUUGAGAUUUUCAAAAGACUUGCGGUGUGUUUUUUUGGAUCCUGCUGCAGGCCUCUCUGUCCUCGCCCUGUUUGGAUUGUAAAAUAAGAUUUAUGAUGACAGAAUGUGACACAGCUUUAUAUGAUGUACUGCAGAUAAACUGGUAAACAAUAAACAUUUCUUAUAAAUAGCAGUAGAAAGAAUUGUGGCUGAGUUUUCACACACAACACGUUCCAACUGAACAAAAAUAAAACCGGAUUCAUCAGUUUCGUGGGUGAAUACAUGUUUGUAACCAACUGAAAAGUCUUUUUUUCCGACUGCCCUUAAACGCCCCGGAAGUCACGUAAGGAAAUUCUCACCUGUACAUGAGAGGUAAUUAACUCGGCCACUCAAGCAGCAAGCACCUGUUAUUAUUCAGUAUUUGGUGAGUAAAUAUUGUCUGUAUAAAUAUAAGAAUUGGUAUAGAGUGUCAUUUUUUGUGUCAGGGGCGAUUUUAUCCACAAAACUGUAGCGUUGUCCCUAACCCCAUGACACAUUUCUGGCUCUGAACCAAUAAAAACUCUGUGAACUAAUGAUGUCAGCAGUCAGCAAUGAUGGUUGCUGAUUGGAUUCUGAUUAUCCAAUCACAAUUAAGUCAUGACUUUGUGCACGCCCAGGGGGAGUGACAGAUGUCGUAUAAGACAGGCAUGGCUAAGCUAUUGGAGAAAUGGAGGAGUAACUGCUCAUUUUCAGUCACAAAUAUGAAUUUAUGUGAAAGGUAGCCAAACAAAUUUGCUCUCAGUAAAAUUUAAAGUGUUACAAGUGAUAGUAUUUCAAGUCUUCUUCACUAUAUCUCAUAUAAUUAAUUUCUAGGAUUUUUUCAAAGUCAAAAUGUCAUAGUAUAGUAUGUUUGAAGUGUCAUAGUAUAGUGUGAUAAAAAUUUCAAAUAUAUGUAUGAAAGAAAUAAA